AUGUGCGGGAUGAAGCCUUUUCAGCUCGUGGACGAUGCUGAACUUGCUCGCAGGUUGCGGCUGCUGGAUGAGGUGUUCGAUUCAUUGGACGAGAAAGAAUCCAUGGCGCCCACUUGUGGCAAGCAAAGCCGACCAGCAUCCAGCUGUAGACGGCCGACGUCUUCGGGCAGAUAUUCUGAGGUUACUCCGAUGGCACGCUCGGGACCUACAUGGAAAACACGAAGAAGGCUGGAGGCCAAACGCGAUGAACUCCGGAAACCCAACGCUCCUGCCAACCGCACGCCAGCGUCGGGAAGGACAGCGGCCCGUGCUUCAGUCAAAGUGCUCGCAAGGCCUACUGCAUCUAAUAGAGUCCCACCGUUGAAGGGCCUGCAGGCCACGGGCGCAACCGCACAGCAUCCAGUGCUGUCGGAAUCCAAAGGCCAAGCUUACCAGAAUCUCGAGGAUUUUCGAGAAAGAAGGUCAAGAUCUACUGCCUCAGAGGAGAUGUCCAGCGAUCCGAGAUCUGAAGUGGGCAGAGAUGCAGGUUCCAGCCCGCGAUCGCUGUCAGAAUCAAAAGCUUCACCCGGCCGAGCAAUAGUUGACGAUUCUGACACAAACACGGUAUACACAGAUGACGAAUUCGAAGAUGACUGA